GGCGGCCGUGCGAGCAAGCAAACUUGUCAGGCCAAACUACUCUAGAAUAAACGGGUAGCAGCGGAUGCUUUUUUUAUCUUUCGACGGAGUUCGGCGCAGCGCAAUGUACCAAAGCCACCUAGUACGCGGCCGCUCCCUGCCCAAUGAAAAGCGACCGGAAGUGACGCGACGACGCUGCUGCAGAAUUGCCGUAUACAACUAGGCGUGCGGCAGGACGGGAAGGCGGAAGCUGCUCCAUCCUUGCAUAUGCUUGCACAGGAGGCAUUGGCUUGCAUCAAUUUCUUUCUCUAUGUUUGCAUUCUCUGCUCUUGCUGCAUGAAAUGCAUUGUAUCGUUUUGGCCUGUGUUCGCGUCUCGCGCGCGAAGUAAUCUUAAAUUAACGUGUCCUCGGAUUUGUGGGCGGUGUAUAAAAAGAUGGGGCCCGUGCUCGUGCCCCACUUCAAAGCAAAGCGUUCGUACGUGCUGGAAGAUGGAUCCACGGACGACGCUGCAACGAGCAUUUGCAACGUGACCGGUGUCAGCGGUCGGUGGUACUGUCAUCAUGGAAGUUUUCAGGCAAGUGCCCGUUUAUUUGUUUGAUGGGUUACGUGUUAUUGUUGGCUCUAGAAUCAUCUCAUUGUGAUCUCGUAGCAUAAUUCACUAAUGUAAGCGCAAGAGCAGCUGUGCAAGUAGUAGGGCAAGUUACCUCCUCGAUCGCGCCCCGUGUGACUAAUGUUUCUGUCAAACCUACAUCGGGCGUGGUGCGCCUGCAUAGUUCCGCAUUGUUUCUCAGCGCUUGAACGUUCAGAAAUGGUUCUCUUGUGAGUUCAGCGCGGUUUGUUGUAAUACGGUCGUUAGCACUUAAGUGAAGUGUGGUCGACCACUUUUUGCGUUGCGUAGAAAAAGGACGACUGGUUUCGCCACCUUUCGAAAAAACCGGCGCGGUAUUGGUUCUCCCUGGCGUGGUCGCGUGCUGAUGUUGCUGCUUGCCGGAGUCCGGACGCUUUCAGCGUGUUUUCGACUUGUGUGUGUGCGCGCGCUCGGUUCGCUUCGUGUGAGUAUGCGUGUGUGUGUGCGCGCGCGCGCGUGCGGGCGUGCGCGUACAUGCCGGAUUGUAUAUGUCGGCGUGUUUUGCGUGUGUCUAGUGCGUAAGUACGUGUUUUGCGAGCGUGUUUAUGUAUACGUGCGCGCGCGCAUGUUUCUGUGUGGGUCGCUGUGUGUGCGUGCACGUGUUAGCGUGUUUGUGUGCAUGUAUGUGUGCUUGUUUGUGUUUAUCAAUGUGCGCGUGCGUGCUUUUGUGUCUGCGCUUUGUGAGUGCGUAUAUUUAUGUUUGCGUGCGAGUGGGUUUUCUGUGCGUGCGCAUGUAUUUCACAAGGUCGGUAGAGUUUUACUCGCAAUAAAACUGUUUCAAAUUUGGUGCAGCGAGUGUCCCCGCCGUGAAAGCCGAGUUUGGUUUCGAGCUAUUCAGGACAAAUGCAGCAUGAGGCACUGUUUCUCGGGAGGACCAGUGGGAAGGCGUCAGGUCAUGCGGAUGAUAGCAGCAGCUUCACAAUGCCCAGCCUUGGUGCCCUCCAUCAAGAGCAAGCCACUUCCGUUCACCUUCAGACAGAUGGCUAAUGUCUUGUUCGAUGCAGAACCCGCAAGGAGUGGUGACGUACGAGACGUCGCUGAGUGGCAGAAACAACACCACAGCGACAGGCAUGUUUAGUCACUCCUACCCUUUCCCCGCCUCACCGAUGCUUGGUAUGUGGACAGCCGUCGUCGCUUACGGAUUCCAUCUCAGCCAAAAGACCAACAUCACUUUUGAGCUUCAAGAGUAUGUCCUGCCAACAUUCUCAGCACGGAUAUCAGCACCCAGCGUCAUUCUACCGCACUCGCAUUCUCCGACAGUCACAGUUGAAGCCAAGUACCCCUACGGAAAGCCAGUGCAGGGUUCGGUGACCUGUCGAUUUAAAAUCAGAGAUCGAACCACCAGGGCAGAACGAGAACUUGGAACAGCAUCAACAAUGGAGCUUGUGCAAGGCGAGGUGACCUUCGCAGUGCCGAACUACCAACUGUGGGGCUGGAGCCCAUAUCCCUUAUUUCACGGUUCCAGGCUCGUAGUGGAAGCCGAAGUGCUUGACAAGGCGACUAGCGAGCUCGUGACAGCCGUGGAUGACUCGGCCGUGUACGCGACGUCGCCUUACCGCAUCAGCUUUCACCACACUGACCUGCACUUCAAGCCUGGCGGUCCAAAAACUGUCAUGGCGGAUAUCAAGCACGCCAAUGGCCGGCCAGCUGCGCUGGUUCCUUGCGCCAUCAUAGCCGAGAACGACGAGGGAUUGAACAUACCCGUUGAUCGCGAUGUGGCCGUCACGGACACCCGAGGACGUAUUGCAUUCAGUGUGCUCACAGAGCGUACACACAACCACAUUGUGGUACAGGUGCGAACUUUGCUGCCAACCGAAACCCAUCUGCAAGCCAUAGGACAUAUUCACAUAAGGGCCUUCAGAUCUGAAAUCAACGCGCUCAUAUUCCUGGAAUCUGUGGACCCAGGUAGACCUGCAAAGGUUGGAGGCGACAUUUUAAUGCGCGUCGGGAUCUACCCACCAACAUCUUCACCUGCCUAUUACCUUGUCACACACAACGGCCAGGUGAAACGUACGGGCGUGCUACGGCAAGCUGACCAGCCUCCUUCGUUAUAUCGUUUUGCGCGCUUCGCAGUGACUUCGGACAUGUCCCCGUCUGUGCGCGUGCUCGCAUACAUGUUCCACGAGGGACACCUGCUCGCCGACUCGAUCGUCAUCGAGGUUGAGAAAGCCUGUUCGCACCCGGCAGCCGUAACAGUCCAGCCUGAUUUCCAGAGCAACAGACCUGGGAGCAACGGUUCCUUGAAAAUUUUGGGAAGUUCCGGUACGCGUGUGGGCAUUUUGGGCGUUGACAAGCAAGUUUACUCGCUGACUGGCAAGGAAGGUCUACUUACCUCAGAUAAGCUGUUUGCGAUGUUGAAGUCUCACGACAUGGGCCAUGGCCCUGGGGGUGGUCACACGACUGCGGAUGUAUUGUCCAACUUCGGUGCUGUCAUCAUCAGCAAGGAUUCGCCUGAUGUUGUUCACGUAAAUGAAACUAGCCGCCGACGCCGGUCCCGCCAUCGGAGGAGUCUUGAGCUAGUGGAGCACAGUAUACUGUCGAAGUAUGCAGUAGACCCAUUCCUGAAAGAGUGCUGCUCGCUGGGAACAAAGCGAGACCAGGCCAGACGGAGCUGCCCUAUGAAAUCUUCAAUCGUGCGGCGCUACAUCAGUGGACAGAAGGGCGAGCAGUGUGCAGACGCCUUCGAGGAAUGCUGCUCAUACAGGUUCCCCUCUUUCGUCAUAGCGGCAAAGUACGACCGAGAGGACGACUCUGCGCUUCUUAACCCGGGCAUCGAAAGUCGCAUCAAGCCGACGCCUUCCUUUGACGAGGUAGAUGAAGAUGACGAUGUGCUGCCUCUGGCUUCUCCAAUCCGCAAGGAUUUCCGGGAAACGUGGCUUUUCGAUGAACAAAUCAUUGGUCCGAAGGGCGUGGCAGACAUCGUGGUGAGCCUUCCUCACAGCAUCACCACGUGGUCGGUGCAGGCAGUGAGCGUGUCGCCCUCUGGCGGUGUGUGCGUUCCCGAACCAAGGGAGGUGGGCGUCUUCCAGCCGGUCUUCCUGCAGGUGGCGUUGCCUUACAAAGUGGUGCGCAAUGAGCAAAUCGAAGUGCUCGCGACUGUCUACAACUACGGCAACGAAACAAUCCGAGGCAAUGUUUACGUGUACGGUGUGGAAGGAAUAUGCGCGGGUGCUCAGGAAGGUGAGCGAUCCGAAAGGCGAACCGUGUCAGUUGACGCCAACUCUGCGGCGAGCAUCGCCUUUCCUGUGGUACCACUCAGAGAAGGUCGCUUCGUCAUCAAGGUCCACGUGCACAGUCCUCAGGGCGAAGAUGUCGUCGAGAAAGAACUCAACGUAGUGCCCGAAGGAGUGCCAGUUGAGACGGUCUUCUCCGUUCCUAUCGACCCGGCCAAUGCUCGCAAAAGGACAGUGCCGGGGGCGUUGGAAGAGACGUACUAUGAUUUCGUAGAUUCGGAAACCAACCAGCAAACCAUCUCCGUUGAUGUUGUUUCGCCUCCGGACGCUGUGCCAGGCACAAUGCGCUGUUCGCUUUCCCUGAUGGGAAACCAGGUAGGCUCGUUGGCUGAAGAGACGCUGGAGAAGAUCGGGGUCCUCAUGAAGAUGCCCAGCGGAAGCGGCGAGGAGAACGCUGUGCUCAUGGCAAAAACGCUGUAUGUUCUCGAAUACCUCAAAAGGAGGAAUGUUACUGACCGUGCACUUGAAGAGAGAGGGCGUCGGUACCUUGGGGAAGGAUAUCAACGGCAGCUGUCUUUUCGGAACGAGACCGGCUUUUUCUCGAAAUUUGGGAACACAGUGACCGGUAGCCUGUGGUUGACAGCAUUCGUCACGCGCACGUUGUGCAAAGCGAGGCAGUACACUAGCAUCGAUGACUCGGUCAUUUUAUCCGGCCUGUGGUGGCUACUGAGGCAGAAGAAUUCGAUGGGAGGUUUCUGGAAAGAGUGGCCUUACGCGGAGGACAGCAUUCUGGGAACGGAAGACAGGUUUACGGCCAUGACAGCCUUCGUAUUCAUCACCUUGGUGGAAUGUAAUCCGUUCAUCAAAGAAAAGUCUGCACUGCAUCCCAUGCGAGAGACUGCAACGUAUCUCAGCGAGACAGAUUUCGGAAAUGAAAACGCCCACGCAACGGCUCUUGCAGCGUACGCAAUGAUGCGAGGAAACGUCAUGGGAAAAGACAACGCACUGUUGGCCCUCAUGCAAAAGCUCACCCACGAACCUUUGCUGAACACACGAAGUACGGGUGGCAAUGCGACUCCCUACGUUGUCGAAGGCACAAGUUACGCGCUUCUUGCCUUGCUAGCCAGCGACAAUAGCGACGCCAAUGUGAUCCAGACCGUUGUGAACUGGCUCAACACUCAUCGCCCUCUGUCCGGAAGUUCCUCUUCAACACACGAUGGCGCAGUAGCCCUCCAGGCGCUUAUGGAGUUUGACGUGAAGUCUUCGGAACCCGACAUGGACCUCAUGUGUGACGUCACUAUGAGUGGACAGCAGUACUUCCACAAGAGCAUUCGGAUAAGGCCCGACAAUGCAGCAGUGCCCCAGGAGGUGGAUAUUCGCGACAUGUCUGGCAAGUUGCGUGUGACAGCUAAUGGAACCGGAAGUGGUUUGCUUUCCGUUAGAAUGAAGUACAACAUUCUUUUUCCAGCAGAAGUGCGGUGCAAGUUUAAUGUAACUGUACGAGCUGGCAUCCAUGCAUCCAAAGCGAAGAGUGCUGCCUUGGAUGAUUUCCCGGAAGACCUUUUGAACGAGCUUCUUGGAUUCGACCGAGAACGUCGAUCUGUGGAUUUUGGAUCUUCACUGCAUGUGAUGAGUCCGUACGGCACCGUUAUAUCACCUAACGAACCGCAGGGGAGCAAGCUUGUUUACGACAUUGAAGUUUGCUCACAGUAUGUCGGCGAGUCAGACUCCAACGCUGCUGUCAUCGAAGUUGGACUACUCAGCGGUUUCGAUCCGGUGGUCGAAGACUUGACCGCUGCAAUAACAGGCAAUCCGCAUCUGGCCAAGUACGUCUUAACCGAGAGAAAAGUGAUCCUCUAUUUCAAACAGAUACCGUGGCAAGCACCUACUUGCGUGAAAUUCAAGACUGAACGCAAGCACGUCGUCCAUAACGUCCAGGCUGCAGCAGUCAAGGUGUACGACCACAGCGACCCCUCACGUUCUUGCACGCAGUUUUACGGAAUCGGAUCGACGGACCCUCACCUUAAGCUGGCCUGCGAAGGACGCAAGUGCCUGUGCAUAGAAGCUGAGUGUCCUAGGCGAGAGCCCUUUCUGAACGUUGAAAGAGUGAUACCAGUGCAAAUAAAGCGGCAGAUGCUCCUAGAGAUGGCCUGCGAGGAGCAUGACUUUGUAUGGAUCGCAUAUGUGUCUGGGAACAGCGUCGUCAACGGCUUCCGUCACAUACGUCUACGCGUCACUACUGUGCUCAAAGAAGGUGCAGAGAACAGCGUAUCGGUCUUGAUGGGUGAAAAGUUGUUCCUGGCUCCUCAUCACUGUACCACGGCCGACUUGAGUGAAGGCGGACGCUACUUUGUCUUCGGACGAGAUGGCGAGCUCGUUGCGAGAGACGGAUCUCAUGGCAUAAGAUACAGCAUGGACAAGCACGUGCGCCUCUUCAACACACAAAAUAAGUCUCGAAGGGCCGCAAGGCUUUACUCAGUUCUUCAAUGGCUGGCAUCGCAUCUCCAGAGGCACGGAGGCUGCCCGGAGCACUCGAGAGUCGUGCGGUCAGUGUCAGUUCGCGGCGCUUAGCAAAAGUGCAGGCAGGUUUUCUCCUUUGCUUGUAAAGGGCUUUCUGAUGGAAGCAAUACUCUCAGGGGGCGUUAUCUUUCCACGGUUGCCACGGGCAACUGCAUCCGACUCUGCCUAAGGCAGGUAUUAACAUGGAUUCUGAAGUGCAACACAGCGCAGCGAGAUGAACACUGAUAGCGAGAAGACAACACAAGCGCUGACUAAUAACAGGGGCUUUAUUGCAACAAGACAAUAUAUAGCGGGUGCAGCCCGACGCAUGCGUUCAAUCGCCUUCUCGUCGAAUAAUAAAGAGUAACAGCAGUAUAGUGUAAUACUGAAAGAUAGUGACAAACUUUCGAUAAGAGGUUUGCGUGCGUACUACUGUGACACGUGUGAUAAGGAAAAGGUCGCUCAGGAUUGAAAACGCAUUAUAAAGAAACGUCGCGCAUGCCCAUCACCGGACCAACCGUCGAGCAGUGGGAGGCCCAGCUGACAAGCUCGAGCCCUGAAGACCGGCAUCGCCUGGUGAGCAGGGCCGAGCUAUCGGCUCAGGCCCACGGCAUCGUGCACUAGGGACGCCGCCCACCUCGGACGAUUUUACCGUCGGCUCAUUGCUACUAAUAAAGUUUAUUCCUCCUCCUCG